CAUUCGAUUCAAAUUUUAUUUUGCAAGGAUGGUCUCAAUUGACAAGAGUUUUGUCUGUGCUUGGCCUUUUGGUAUUCUGAAAACUAUGCAUUGGUUGAUUCCUUUAAUCAUUGUGAUAUUUACUUUCUAUGCCGAUUACUUCUACAACACAAUUGCAUUUAUUAUUUACAUAAGCUGGAAUUUGCUUCCUAUUUGUCUCAUAAGUUGGUUUUGUUAUCUUUUUGGCCUUCAAAAGAUUGAUGUGCACUUUGGGGGUGGAUUUGCAUUUAUUCCUUUUGCUCUUAUUGAUACUAUCGUCGCAUGCAUUGGCACUGUAGCCUACGGAAUUGGUUCAAUUAUAGGCGCUAUAGCUGUCUUAAGUUCAUUUCGUUAUAGUGGCGGUGUCAUUUUUGCUUAUAUUUUUGCUACGGUUAAUUUUUAAUUUUUUAAAUGUAAAAAAAAUUUUUUCUAUGUUCUCUGUUUGUUGGCAUUCUUCGCUUUUGCUUACUUCGUCAUUCUAAUUUACCGGGCAAUUCCAAAUGGACAAUACCGAUAUCUUUUUUCGAUGAUUAUUGAAGGGAAUCAAGUAACGUCGAGAAAUUUGCCAGGACCGGGAGGUCCGAACAAUACUGCUCCUUAUAUUUGAAUGGAAAAACAUGGUGAUUUUGUAAAUUUUUUUGUUAGAUAGGGGAUCGAGCUGGGUCUAGGACAAGGUCUAUGGUUGGAGGGAAGGCCCGACCCUGCAUUUUUGAGCUUCCUGGGGUUUUCCGUGCCUUUUCCAUGCUUGUGCUUUUUUCUGAGCCUUCCUGGAUUUUCUUGGGGGGUUUUCUGGACAUUAAAUAUUUAUUCCAGAAUUUCUGGGCCCAAGGGAAAACCCCAGGGAUUCCUGAUUUUCUUGGUCUUUUUCUGGAUCUUUCUUGAAUUACCUGCCCAGGUCAACGAAUCAACCCUCACUUGUCCACGUCCAGGCUCGAUCUCUCUUAUAAAUAACAUUGCGGUCAUAAUCUUAAACCAAAGGCAUAUUAUUUUUAACUUUUUCCUUCGUGCCCUAUAUUU